AGAGAGAGAGAGAGAGAGCUGCUCCUCCUCCUCCUCCUCCUCCUCCUCUGUCUCUUCCCACCACUCAUCCCGAAAAGCCAAGGUACGACGGUCUUGUCGGCGGACUCCUCUCAUCAUUUCUCUCCUCGCAUAAUGGAAACUGAAUUACAGCAGCUGUGACACGCUUUCAUAAAUAUCCAAACCUACGACGACUUGUAACUCAACUGCUUUGGAACAAGGUUUCUUUGGAUGGAGAAUUUUAAAUCGCGCUCCCCUCCUUCUUACCCUCACAGACUCCUUCCCUCUCUUCCUUUAGAUGGUGAAUGAGCUGAAGUCAAGCUGGUUGUGAAGGUGCUGGACUUGUUCCCCCCUACGCCCCAGGCCGGACACAGCAUGGCAGCGGGAGUAGCGGCAUGGCUUCCCUUUGCCCGGGCGGCAGCAAUUGGCUGGAUGCCCGUGGCCAAUUUGCCCAUGCCAGUGGCGCCCACUGAGAAGAACAAGCGGCAGGAUGAGCUAAUCAUUCUCAAUGUCAGUGGACGGCGCUUCCAGACCUGGAGGAACACAUUGGACCGCUAUCCAGACACCCUGCUGGGCAGCUCGGAGAAGGAGUUCUUCUACAAUGAAGAGACCAAAGAGUACUUCUUUGACCGGGACCCUGACGUGUUCCGCAGCGUGCUCAAUUUCUACCGCACAGGCAAGCUCCACUACCCGCGCUACGAGUGUAUCUCCUCCUAUGAUGAGGAGCUGGCUUUCUUUGGCAUCGUCCCAGAGAUCAUCGGUGACUGCUGCUACGAAGAGUACAAGGACAGGAAGAGGGAGAAUGCAGAGCGUCUGAUGGAUGACCAAGAGGACAACAAGGACGCUAAGCUGCCCAACAUGACCUUCCGGGAGACCAUGUGGCGGGCUUUUGAGAACCCCCACACUUCAACCAUGGCCCUUGUCUUCUACUACGUCACUGGCUUCUUCAUAGCUGUCUCUGUCAUCACCAAUGUGGUGGAGACGGUGCCCUGCGGCUCUGUGCCCAACCAGAAGGAAGUGCCAUGUGGUGAACGCUACACCGUGGCCUUCUUCUGCAUGGACACGGCCUGCGUCAUGAUCUUCACCGUGGAGUACCUGAUGCGCUUAUUUGCUGCGCCCAGCCGCUACCGCUUCAUGAGGUCCGUUAUGAGCAUCAUCGAUGUGGUGGCCAUCUUGCCCUACUACAUCGGCCUGGUGAUGACUGACAACGAGGACGUGAGUGGCGCUUUUGUGACACUCCGUGUUUUCCGUGUGUUCCGUAUCUUUAAGUUCUCCCGGCACUCGCAGGGCCUGCGCAUCCUGGGCUACACGCUGAAGAGCUGUGCCUCGGAGCUGGGCUUCCUGCUCUUCUCCCUCACUAUGGCCAUAAUUAUCUUUGCUACCGUCAUGUUCUACGCAGAGAAGGGGUCAAGCUCCAGCAAAUUCACCAGCAUCCCAGCCUCCUUCUGGUACACCAUCGUUACUAUGACAACACUCGGGUAUGGAGACAUGGUUCCUAAGACGAUUGCGGGGAAGAUCUUUGGUUCAAUCUGCUCUCUGAGUGGGGUGCUGGUAAUUGCCCUGCCUGUCCCUGUCAUCGUGUCCAACUUUAGCCGCAUCUAUCACCAGAACCAGAGAGCAGACAAACGGCGGGCGCAGAAGGUACAGAAAGCCCGCUUGGCCAGGAUACGAAUAUCCAAGACAGGAAGCUCCAAUGCCUUCCUCCACAGCAAGCGCAACGGCCUGUUCAACGAAGCUCUGGAGCUCACGCAACUUCCAUACAAGAUGAACCUUUCAGAUCAGAGUUCCACUGAAGAGGAGCAGAGGUUAAGCAAGUCUGCCUCUCUAUUAGAGAGCCAGCACCACCACCUGCUGCACUGUCUGGAGAAAACCACUAACCACGAGUUUGUGGACGAGCAGUAUUACCAGCAGAGCUACCUGGAGGCAGGGCUGCAGAAUUACCCGUCUCGAAGCCCCUCCCUCUCCAGCCAAGAUGGCGUGACGGGCACAUGCUGCACCCGCCGAAGCAAGAAGCACCACACCCCUUUACCGAACGCCAGUGCCCCAGCACACAUGCAGCCUUUGACGCACACGCACACACACCAACAAGGCUUGCAGGAGCUCAGCACCAUCCACAUCCAGCCCCUCAGCACCAGCCGCUCCAGUCUGAACAUGCGCGUAGACGAGCAAGCACCCCUGAACUGCCAGAGCAGCCAGAUCACCACAGCAAUCAUCAGCAUUCCCACGCCGCCAGUGACAACUCCUGAGGGAGAUGCUCAUCUGCCCGCAGGCCCCGCCCACCAGAACGUUGUGAAGGUGUCCGCACUGUGAAGACUAGAGUGCAGGCGCGUCACACAGAAAGACAGAUAAAAGACUCAUCGAGACAGACUGAGGGACAGAGGAGGACUGGGAAUGAUGGAGGAGAAGGCAUUCAGAGUCCUAGUCUGGCCGUGGUGGAGCCUGCCCUCUGCUGGUCAUGUACUGUAACGACAUGGACUCCCUGUACAGACGGAGGAUGGCUUUUAGAUACAGUACGUUCAUGUUAACGGUUGGCAUGCAUGUGUGUGCGUAUGCAAGUGUGUGUGUGGGUGAAAGAGUGGGAAAUAUGUUUAGGGAGUUGUUUUAGAUGAGGAGGCGUUUGAGAAUGUGCCUCUCGAGAGUUCCCAGAGUAAGUCAUGUGUCACUGAGCACAAAGCACCUUUUUAUGAUUUUCGCUUAAGUUUGACUCUCAUUGUCUUUUUUUUAGCAGGAGACAUAAGGGAAAAAAAGAACAAAACUCAAAUGAAAAGAAAGAAAACAAUACUUUAUCAAAACCAUUUUCCACUGAUUUAACCCUGCCCUUUUGUUUUGUGUCAUUUUGGUCCACUUACACUGUUGAUAGAUAAAUACGCCACCAUUCAUUCCUUUUUAAGGUCCAAUAUUAUUCCACUUGAGUGAUAAAUCUUUAAAAAUGACAUAUGGUAGGCUUGUCUGUGAUGGCGUUACCAAUGAGUUUCAUAUUUGUGAAUGAGUGUAUGUGAAUAUUUGCUAGAUAGAGGAAUUGUGACGUUUUGGAUAGGAGGUAUGUGCCUGUGUGUGUGUGCGUGUGUGUGUGUGUGUGUUUGUGUGAAUGUGUUUGUCUCAGUUCAUUGAAAACUUGUUUCAAUUCUUCUGGAAGUCUCUAUGGCUCAGUAUAUGGUAUAUUUGACUAGCUGCCACUCUGAAGGGUUCAUUGUACACAUUUCUGUCCAAAAUUCUCAGCUACAAGCCUUUUUACACAAUAUGUGCCUGUUCUGCUGAAGUAAAAACAGAUUUAUUUGUUUUUAUAGUUUUCUGAAAUUUCCGCCCCCCCCCCCCUCAUUCUUUUCCCCUUUGGCUCUUACAGCCCAACGGACCUCAAAUAACGCAAUUCUCUAACAAAGAAACCAAAAAAAAAAAGAAAAAAAAAAAGUACAUUUUGAAUUCAAACCACCACAAUUAAAAGCACAAGGCAUUUUCUGAGAAUUUCUGACACUAAUCUGUCCUGAGCCCGGGUUCUUUGUGAAUAUUGUUAAUAGAAUAUUUUGUAAUAUUUGACCAUCGUUUGGCAGAACCAGUGAAGCUGUCCUCUCGUUCUCUCUCUCUCUCUCCCUCACUCUGUCUUUCUCUCUUCCUCUCUCUCCUCUCUCUCCUCUCUCUCCUCUCUCUCUCUCUCUAUCUCUCUCUCUCGUUGUUGUCCUGUUGUAUCCCUACCUCCUGUGUGAACAACAGUAUGCUUUCAGUAGUCUUUA